UGCAGCUCUGAGCACAGUGCAGCUCCUGGUGCAGUGCAGCUCCGUGUGCAAUGCAGCUCUGAGCACAACGUAGCUUCUGGUGCAAUGCAGCUCUGAGCACAGUGCAGCUCCUGGUGCAAUGCAGCUCCUGGUGCAAUACAGCUCUGAGCACUACGUAGCUCCUGGUGCAGCUCCGGGUGCAGCUCAGCUCUGGGUGCAAUGUAGCUCUGAGCACAACGUAGCUCCUCCUGCAUCUCUGGGUGCGGCACAGCUCUGGGUGCAGCUCAGCUCCUGGUGCAAUGCAGCUCUGAGCACAGUGCAGCUCCUGGUGCAGCACAUCUCUGGGUGCAGUGCAGCUCCGAGCACGGCAUCUUUCUGGGUGCAGUGCAGCUCUGGUUGCAUUGCAGCUCCAGAUGCAGCUCAGCUCCAGAUGCAACGCAGCUCUGAGCACAGCACACUUCUGGGUGCAAUGCAGCUCUGGGUGCAGCACAUCUCUGGGUGCAAUGCAGCUCUGAGCAUGGCACACUUCUGGGUGCAUUGUAUCUCUGGGUGCAGCUCAUCUCUGCAUGCAACGCAGCUCUGAGCACAGCACACUUCUGGGUGCAUUGUAUCUCUGGGUGCAGCUCAUCUCUGCAUGCAACGCAGCUCUGAGCACAGCACACUUCUGGAUGCAUUGCAGCUCUGGGUGCAGCUCCUCUCUGGGUGCAAUGCAGCUCCAGAUGCAGCACAGCUCCAGAUGAUGCAGCGCAGCUCUGAGCACAGCAUCUUUCUGGGUGCAGUGCAGCUCUGGUUGCAUUGCAGCUCCAGAUGCAGCACAGCUCAGGGCACAGUAGCAUCUCUAGGUGCAAUGCAGCUCCGUGUGCAAUGCAGCUCUGGGUUCAGCUCGUCUCUGCAUGCCAUGCAGCUCUGAGCACAGCACAUCUCUGGUUGCAUUGCAGCUCCAGAUGCAGCUCAACUCCAGAUGCAACGCAGCUCAGACCACAGCACAUCUCUGGGUGCAAUGCAGCUCCGAGCACAGCACAAUUCUGGGUGCAUUGCAGCUCUGGGUGCAGCUCAUCUCUGGGUGCAAUGCAGCUCCAAGCACAGCACAUCUCUGGGUGCUGUGCAGCUCCAAGCACGGCACAUCUCUGGUUGCAAUGCAGCUCUGGGUGCAGCUCAUCUCUGCAUGCAAUGCAGCUUCGAGCACAGCAUCUUUCUGGGUGCACUGCAGCUCUGGUUGCAUUGCAGCUCCAGAUGCAGCACAGCUCAGGGCGCACUGCAUCUCUGGGUGCAAUGCAGCUCCAUGUACAAUGCAGCUCUGGGUUCAGCUCGUCUCUGCAUGCAACGCAGCUCUGAGCACAGCACAUCUCUGGGUGCAAUGCAGCUCUGUUUGCAUUGCAGCUCCAGAUGCAGCACAGCUCCAGAUGCAGCGCAGCUCUGAGCACAGCACAUCUCUGGGUGCUGUGCAGCUCUGGGUUCAGCUCAUCUCUGGGUGCAAUGCAGCUCCAGAUGCAGCACAGCUCCAGAUGCAAUGCAGCUCUGAGCACAGCACAUCUCUGGUUGCAUUGCAGCUCCAGAUGCAGCCCAGCUCCAGAUGCAGCGCAGCUCCGAGCUGCUGCGAUGCAGCUGCAUUAACUCUUUGCUCUCCCCCCUCGGACGCCGCUUUGCCGCUGCUUUGUCCUUGGGGGCUGCCUGCACGGUGCAGCACCGCCACGGCCCCGGGCUGCAGGUACUCCCGGCCCUGCUCCCCACUGCAACCCCCACUUCCCCCCCGCCCCCAUGCAUGCGCCGUCCCCCUGCAUGCGUCCUUAAUUGCAGCAAUGCGGGCGCCGCUGUCCCCUCCCCUGUCGCCGCGCUCCCCCCGCGUCCCCUUGCAUCUCUUGCACCCACCCCCUGCGCAUGGUGGGCCCGGGGAGGGUGAGGUGAUGGUGCACGGAGCUGGGUGCUGGCAGCGGUGCUGCAUGCGUGGUGCAGCGGCGCUGCUGCGUCUCGGCACGGCGGUGGUCGGCUUGUGGCUCCCUGUGGCGGUGCUGCGUAUCGGCGCGGGGGUGGGUUGCAUGCUGGGCGCUGCAGCGGUGCUGCAUUGCAGCGUGGUGGGCGCUGCAGCGGUGCUGCGUAUCUGCACGGUGGUGGGUUGCAUGGUGGGCGCGGCAGCGGUGCUGCAUUGCACAUUGGUGCUGCGUUGGUGCUGCAUUGCACAGUGGUGUUGUGCACGCUGGGCGCAGCAGCGGUGCUGCAUUGCACGGUGGUGAGCAUGCUGGGUGCUGCAGCG